AUGUUCUUCAAAAAGAAAGAAUCAACAACUAUCCAACAACAACUACCUUUACAGUCACCAUUUAAUCAAACUGUCAAAAAAUCAAAAAGUGCAAAAGAUUUAUUUCAUAAAUUAACUACUAAAACUUCCAAUUCAAGUAUUUCCAGUCCCAAAUUAAAAAUAAAUUCUCCAAAUAAUUUAAUAUCGUCACCUGUUUUACAAUCUAAUAAACAAAUUCAAACUAACAUACCGACAACUCCAGAAUUACAAAUAAAUCAAGAAUUAAUAACUCCAUUACCACAUAUACAUAAUAAUUUUCAAUAUCCACAUGAACUAUAUUAUGAACUGCAACGACUGAUUAAAGCACCAUCGAUUCCACCUCCACCAAUACCUAAAUUCUCGACUCCAAUUUCAGAAUUUGAAAAUUGUCAUGAUGAAGAUAAUGAUAUUUUAAAAGAAUCACCAAGAAGACGAAAUAUACGAUCUACUUUAAUUAAAUCUGGAGAUUUCGAAUUUAUUAAUGAUACUGAAUCAUUUAUGAAUGGAAUUUUAAGUACUUCAACGUCAAGACAAGAAAGUCCUAGGGAAAGUUCAAUAAGUUUAACAGAAGCUCAAAUUCAAAUAUUCCAAAAAUAUAAUAAUGCAAAAACCAUAAGAUUAGUAGAAAAUAUCUUAUCUGAUUAUGAAGGAGAAGAGGAAAGAGAAAAGUCUGAGGUUGAAGAAAAGAAAUCUGAAUCCGAAAAUGACGAAUUUGAUAUACAGAAAUUGGAAAUGAUGCUAAUGAAUGAGAAAAACAGUUACUUAUUAAAGAGACAACAAAGAGAAAUAAAUCAUCUUAAUAAAUUAUUAUCAUAUCAACAAGGUAUAAUUACUAAAUUAUCAAAGGACCAUCCAAAUGCUAAAAAUCAAAAAUUAUUACCACCUUUUAAAUUUGAAAUAUUGGUUAAAAAUGAUGUUGAUAGUCUUAUUUCAUCUGAUGAAUCAUCAAUAAUGUCUACACCAGGUAAUAUAGAUGAAUCAAGAAAAAUUUCAUCAUCUUCAUCUUCAAUCGUUCAAAGAAACUAUAUAAAAUGA